AUGAAUUUGGUAAUUCCUCUCAUCGAAAAAGACAAAGGCCAGGAAGACGUUGAAAAGAGCAUCUCUCAAUUAAUCCAGGCAAAUCCAUCCGAUUACGUCUCCCACGAAGUUAAUUCCAUCAAGAUCGGCUCCGCAACGUGGUAUUUCACUUUGCUUCGAAUCAAGAAUUUGACCAAGAGCGAAGCCCUGGAAUCAGAGUUACAAAACAUCACAUCAGCCAGGAAAAAGGAAGGUCUUCUGGUUCUUGGAUCAGUUCCCAAUUUCAACGAUGGAGUAAAAAUCACUUUAGUUGAAACCACUACCUGCGUUAAACCAAUUGAACACAAGUACGUGUACGAGUCGAUUGAGAGGAAAGUGUUUUUUGAUAAGUCGUUCGAAGAUGCGUGGGUGAAUGUCAAAACUGGGCGUAGACGCUUUUAUCUCGACUACGAUUGCUACGCUUGCAAUCUUCCUGACUUGGGUGCCACUUUUUUUUCCGAUAACUUUUGCAGAACAUAUGCUCUUGAAUUUCUGGUCUCCUUCGAAUGCCCAGAAGGUUGCACUUCUACUUUUACCGGCCUUACCAGAAUCACAGUGCCAGAAGAGGAAAACACAAAAUACAAUAUUGACGGAGAAAGGUUGUGCAAAGAGCAGGACUAUGUUUUUCUCGAGAGGUUUCCUAGGUCUGGGUCAGCCAUACAAGACAUCAAUCAGUGUAUUCUCAACAAAGUGGCUUCCCUCAACAGCGACAAGAUCUUGACUUAUCAAUCUUCAGUCGUCGGGUAUCCAGAUCGACUUGUUGCCAUUAUCGUGAUGUCCAGAUAUGGGCCUGCUGAAAAAAAAGGGAACAUUGAGAAAGAAGCCAUUAGUGGCGAGAUCAACCCAAAGAGUGCUGACUUCACCGACGUCCUCAUCUUCGAUAGUAGUUUCCGUCUCAUCUCCUCAAACUGGUUUGACUGUAUGGAAAUCUCGGACUUCUUGAGUUUGUGUGAGAACAGCGAUUCAGGAGAUUACAGGCCUUUCGGUGACAAUUUUUGGGCAGAAAUUUGCACUACGAAAAUACUGAGUCCAGAUGGUUUUGGGCGUGACUGGUCUAUUGUUAUUCAUCUGGCAAAGAAGUCAAAAAAGGUGUACUUGAAAAGACUUUCAAUAGAGGUCGUUGAGGAGAUCCAGACGUUUGACGGAGAACAUUUUGCAUCAGAGCGGAAAGUCAACCUUGUGGAAGACAGACCGUUCAAGGGUUUUACCGGUAAACUCUCGCUAAAAGAAGGAAAAGUUACCAUCCCAGCAGAAUUUUGGAAAGACAAGUCGUUUUCGCUAAAAAGCACGAUUUUCGGGCGAGCAUUUCUGAGGCAAUCUCGAGUUGUGGUGAAGUUAAACCUUGCUUCUUUCAUGGCUGCAACGGAAUAUAUCGUAGCAGAAACAGUUGUGAAAGUCCUGGGCGAUUACAAUUCCUUGAAUAGUGAACCUACAGAGCCACCCUCUUAUGAGUCAGGGGCGAUGAAGGAAGUGGAAGAUUCUAAAGAUCAAUAA